AUGAUGGGAAUUGUUUGCUCUGGACCUUCAAAGAACUUCAUUAUUCCAACAAUGAAGGAUGAAAGCGAUGCAUUUAGAGGUACAAUUAAUUUUAUCCGAUAAUUUGGUUGCGUUCUGAAGCGUGAAAAUGAGGUCUGCUUUCAAUUGACGAAGAUGACUGAAAGCUCAGUCUCGAUUUGAAUUAAUCCAGUGGGGAUUAUUUCGAUGUUUUGCUUUUUUCUUCUCAACGUUUGUUUUCUUUUUGUUUUUAUAAACUCGCAGAAGUGGUCGUCGUCCGCAUUUCGGACGAAGGCUUCUCGCCUCGCAAUCUCACUCUUUACGAAGGCCAGGUAAGCAAAAUCGGCGUGAAAUUGAGGUAGAUUUGAAAUUUUAUUUUUUUGAAAGCGAGAAGAGGGGACUAUAAGUGUAGUAUUAAUGUCGAAAAAAGUUGUCUGCUCGCCUUAGCAAGAACACUCUAUUUAUUUUCGUAAUAGCUUUGCGGAAAAGUGACUUCCUCGUAAAGGUUUAUUUAGUAAUUGGUUGCUAAGAAGCCAAUCAGCUGCGAAAUUAUUAAAUUUAACGGUAUAUCAUUCGUAAUGGUGGAAUUGCUUGCAAAUUUUACAGCCCCAUCAAGUAGUCUGUAACACUUUUUCAAGAAAUCCCGGCUUCUGAUCGGCCAGUGCAUAUUUUGCGACAAUUUUCUGAAAGUUUCAAAGGCAUUUCUAGCUACCAUACUGAUUGAUUUUUUACCAUUUACACAGAGAAACAUACCAGUUCACAGUUUGGUAAAUGCAAGUGAGCAAAAUCCAGGACUUGUAAAUUCAAUCCCAAAUUAUUCGUGGGUCGCAAAUUUCUAUUUGAAACAUUUCAACUGGGAAGUUUUUGGGUUGUUGGUACAUUUCAUUUACCGACGUAUUAUUCAAUUAAACACCCUGGCGUUCAUUAAAUUUGUAGCCUUUCCAAUGUGGCGGUAAUAUUCAAGUCAGCAUUUAUUCGAGUUCGGCGUUUAUUUUGAAAUCACUUUUUUUUAAAUCACUGACAACGCUUGUUGUAUAUCGUCUCUAAAUAUUAUGUAAUUUUAAGGUUCCAAUGUCUCCCUUAUUUUGCUGAGAUCGAAUAGUAAAUGUCUGAAUUACCAAGUUGUAGCGAAGUUUUUCUUAUUAUCCUCUAGUAAACGCCACAUUCUUUUGAUUAGGUGCAGCAUUUAUUUGAGGGGGCUUUUAAUCGAAUAAAUAUGGUACUUCCAGCUACAUUUAGAAUUUCUGGACACCUUUUGUAAAUGGUAAACAGUCAGAGACACCCAACGAGAAUACAGUUCAAAACCACUUAAACAUAGCAUUGUUGAAUGUAUUUUAGUAUUUAAACUGUAGAUAUAGGCAUAUUUUUAUCCCCUAAAAUUUUUUCAUCCAUUCGGAUUUCCUAGCUGAAAGUCUAGUGAUCUGAAAAUUAUAGGGAUCAAAACUUACCUUUUUGAAAAGACCUUUUUAGGGUAAAAAUCUGUUAAAAAUGGGCAAUUGUACCAGUUUUUAGAUGUUCAAAAAUCCUAGGAGUGGCAGGCAAGCAAGAAAUUUUACAACAAAUGUUCCGAAAAUUCUAGAUGUCAAAUAGUCUUCCGAACAGAUAUUUUCCGAAAAUUGAUGUUGGGUGCCCCUGAAACAGUCGCAAAUUCUUAUUUCUCAGAGUUUCAAUACUAUUACUAUUUGCCAUUUUGUUCCAAGGUCUUAAAUUUUCAAAUAAGCUGUUGCAUCUCUUCAAGUCUUGUUUUUCCUACUUGUGUCCUUGCCACACAGUUGAAGUGAAACCUUCAUCGCAGAUAUAAUCUAACCUUGAUCAAGGAUUUUGGCACUGUUUCGCAGAUGUAGUUAAUUGUAGUUUUGUCUAUGGCGCAGGCUAUUGAUAUGACACUUUUGGCAUAGGAAAUAAUAAUAUAUAUAUAUUGGUACUUCAGAUAUCAAGGCUGUGCUCUAGCAGAGCCUGGUGGCCCCUGGCACCUACCUUUUGCUCUUGCGCAACUAGAAAAUACUCCUUCUUUAACACAAUGAUGUGCUGGGCACCCUAGAUUUUACAGGUUCAGAGAACUGGGCUCCCUUCAAUGUUCCUUAGAGCACGGCCUUGAAUAUAAUAAUGUAUUAUUUGUUUCUUCAUGCUGAAUCCUCAUAAUUACCCUGCAGUCAUGUAAAUGUCAUCUUAUUUUAACUAUUCUCAGUGCAUAUUGUUCGAGUGGAAAGGUGAUAUACCAUCUCAAGUUUUUAAUGUGAUUCAGGUAUUUUAUUAACCCUUUAUACUUUAAGCACCAAUAUCCACAUAAACAUUCUCUAGACUGUGUUCCAUACGUUUCCUUGAAGAAUCAGUUGGGAGAAUUUGUUAACCGAUCAAAGCACUUUCUCCUUGGUGGUCAAUUAAAUAAUUCUUAUGACCUUUUCUAUGACUCAUAAACUAACCCCCCCCCCCAAUUUUUUUUCUUGAAAACAAAGCCUGUAAAAGGCAUAAAACCAAAAAAAACACCAAAAUCGCCUCCUGGAUUUCAAGAAUGGUAUAAACCAGUUUGGAUAAUAUUUAAAAUAACUACAUUAAUUUUAAAACAGCAAAUGUUCAUUUACAUGUACUAUAUACAUACGAUAUAUGUAUCUGUUGUGGUUCAAUUUUUUCCUUGGUUUAAAUUUUAUUUCCCUUUGGUUUUUGGGUAUGGUAAUGUAUCAUAAUGAGUCUAAAACAAAGGGAAAUAAAAUUUAAACCAAGGAUAAAAAUGAACUACAACAAGUCUGCCAUAAUUUUUUAACCAUAAGUCUUCUCAUUUAUGUCCCCCAAAAUACUUUUACAAUUUAGGUUAGUGGUGUAGAUCAGUUGAAUCAGGUGCCAGGAGGGUACAAGAGUGGUGAUGUGACACAGUCUGGCUCUUUUAAGGUGUGCUUUGGAAGGAAGGGGCAUUUCACUUUUGCAAGGUUUGUAUUUUUUAUGGAAAUUUUAUUUACAAUAUUGCAAGUCAGGGCUCGAAAUUGCGACUGAUACGGUCGCAUUUGCGACUUAAUUGUUCUUAUUUGCGACUAGAAAAACGAGACUAGUCGCAAAUUUGCGACUAGGUUUUGCCUUAACUGAUACGAAAUAAAAGGACUAGCACUUGAAUUUUUGCUUAAAUAAAUUUAGAAAUAAAAAGAUUUAUUGAAGUAGCGUCUUAUAAUUUUGUUACAAUCUGAAGGUUUACCGUAAUUUACCUGGAAUGCAUACACGCAACGAUAUUCCUUCAACAGCACGCCAUUUUCAGCGGGUUCUGUAAACAUGUACAUUGCAGGCUCAUAUUUCGUUUUGAUUUGCCGCUGACAGUCCNAGAAUUCGUUACUUGUUUUGUCAUCGGUGGAAAACCUGCAAAAGGUAAAACUAAAGGAAUUUAGUUACACUCUUUUUUUUAUAUAAGAAUGUUGUUUUUCCGGCCCAGGCUGAAUAUUCUUAUUUUUCUGCCGAUUUUAGGCUGAAAAUAUUCUUGUAUUAUUCUUAAAUUAUAGCUCAUGACAUUUCCGUUUUAGAAUAUAUUGGGGUAUAAAGUAUAGUUAGUGCAGGUUUUUGCGCCUUGUUGGCAAGUUUUGCCGUUCAGAGGAUGGAAUAAGUUGAAAACAUAAUUGUGUGGUAUUUACAGUUUUUGAACACACAAAAUUACAUCCUUUUCAAAACCUCAGCCUGGGCUUUAUUCUUAAAAUAUUCUUAAAAUUUCUCAAAUUUCAGCCUCGAUAUUCUUAUAAAAUAUAUUCUUAUAGAAAAAAAAGAGUGUACGUAACGUAACCUAUGACCAUGUCGGGUAUCCGCCCAGUACAAAUGUUAUUGCUAUUUUGCAGAGAUUGCAGGCAUUUAAGAACUGCAGUUUCCUGCUGUAAUAUCUGUUCAUGAUUUGGAAAUCUAUCGCUUUGACUAAAAUAACAGACACUAAUUUAUGUGCCUUAACGCAGGUUCAACUUGAUCGUUUAGAUGAACUGGUGUUGUCCGAGACGCUAAACGUUCUGUACUAUUAAGUCUCGAAAUGACAUGAAAGCUGUUGACAGAAUGAAAUUAAAGCGUUAAUCAUUUAAAAGCCUACUUAUUUCUUGAUUAAAUGGCCUCAAUUAAUUUCGCGACUAACAUUUUCAAAGUUGCGACCAAAUUUUCGUAACUAGUCGCAAAUUUGCGACCAGACAUUUUUUUUAAUUUCGAGCCCUGCAAGUGCAUACAAACAGAUUUGUGGCUGCCUUGCAGAGCUGUCACUAAGGGCUGUAACCUGUAGCACCUGUUAUGGCUAAGCACACUUGAUGUUACGGGUGACCAAAGUGGAAAUUAGCUAAAGGUGGCAUGAUAAAUUUUUGUGAGAUGUUACAGGUGAAUCUUCAGUUACUAUGGCUGCUUAAAAACUUAAUUACAGGCUAGCCCUGUUUAGGCAUUUUAAGUGUUUGAUGGAAAAUGUAACUGUGAGUGAUCACGAAGUAUCAUGCAAUGGGUCGUUAGAAUAAUAAGCAAGGUGCAAAGGAUGCUGGGAAGGGUGGUCGAGAUCCCUUGCAUCAAACCAAAAUCGUUCCAGUCGCUCUUGCAUGUGAUGAGGCAGGAUUUGUGGCAUUACCAAUAGAAUGAGGUUACUGCAGGUUCCACAAAAGGUUGAAAAGUUCAGGGAAACUACUUAGGGACAUAGCUGCCUGCAAAAGAAGUAUAUUUUUCUUGUCAAGUGAUGAUAAUAAUCCUUUGACUUUUCUGCUGCCAUCAUGGAUGUAAAAACUGACAGAGGGUUGGGGCGAGCCAAAGAAUGAUGGCGUCCUGACACGAUCCAUUUAAAACAAUAAGCCAGCCCUGCUCUGAUACCCCUCCUCCCUUGUUCAAUUUUUAUUUCCUCUAAGAUGGUGGCCUAAUAUAAUCAAUUUGAAAUGAGAAUUCAUAAAAACAAGAAAAGCCUAGUUUGUGGGCUAGUGAGGACAGCAUUUCCAACACAACUGAGGAAGCUGAGUUACCCACCUCAAGAAAAAUUUCUGUAAAUAAAGGAGGGAUUCUAAUAUUAUACUAUGCUGUGAUUUUGCACAAAAAUUAACCAUUCUUUUUACCAUGUUGUGUGUCUUUGUCAUUAUAAUUUGCAGUGAAUCUUUGCCAGACAGAUUGAAGACUUUGAAAGUUGAGGUUUUGGAAAAACACAGAGGUGAAAUCAAAGUAUGUUGUGAUAGCGCCCUUCAUUAUAAUAAAUAUUAUUACAUUGGAUUACAAGUUGUGGGGUAUCAACCAACAAUGAACUGUGUCUGCUUCCCCAACCAAUAUUACAUGUACAGUCGACUCUCUCUUAUGGACACCUCUAUAAGAUGGACACCUCUGUAAAACGGACACCAAGAGUUGGCCCCUGCCUUUGUUUAUUCCCUUUAUUUGACUCUUUAUAGGAUGGACAUCUCUCUAAGACGGACACUUAGUGCCGGUCCCAAAGGUGUCCGUCUUGGAGAGAGUUGACUGUAUCUUUAUCUACAGAUAACUGGCCAAGGAUUUGAGCCACAGUUUGUGAACAUACAGGAAGGUGAAACUGUGCAGUGGACCUACAAAAAUGGAGAUUCUGAAGUUCCUUGUUAUCUGCAGGAGAUAGGGUAGGUUUCUGUCAUUAUAGAUUCAGACAUCUAAUUUUCUGAAUUUCAAUAAGCUAAACUUCCUGCAUAUAAUUUUAAAUCUUUUGGUUUCUGUUACCAGAUAUUGUUUUAAACAUGGUGGAUUUCUUGCGAGAAAGUUAAGGUACUGUUGAUUUUUCUUGCUCCUUUAAAUACCUACCAGUAUUUAAAAUAACAAUAAUCUAAUAGUGUCGCUUUCACACCCACUUCUCCCUUGAUGAAAAAACCCCUGCUUAUUUAAAACCCUGGCCGUAAGAAUCCUUCCAUGUAAGAACCCCUGGACAAGAGAAUACACUACUGUGAGAAGGGGGAGGGGAGGGGGAAAGAGGAAACAUUUGCCCGCUUUUGCUUGAAUUCUCUACUCCUCUCCUGUACUUCACUUUUUCUUAUUUGCUCUUGUCCCAACUUUGUCACAAACUUCAAGGAAACCCUUGUUAUGCAGGCUAAGUAAUUAACCUGGUGAAACAGUGAUGGGGAAACAGUAAUGGUGAAACAUUACUAGUGGAACAGUAAUGGUAGAAAAGUGGAACAGAGAUGAUAGAUCAGUAAUGGUGGAACAGUAAUAGUAAACAGUGAUGGUGGAACACUAAUGGUAGAACAGUAGUGGUGUAACAGACAUGGUGGAACAGUGAUGGUGUAACAGUAUUGGUGGAACAGUAAUGAUGGAAGAGUAAUAGUGGAACAGUAACGGUUGUACAUUACUAGUGGAACAGUGACGAUGAAACAGUAAUAGUGACACAGUAACAGUGGCACAUUCAGGGUGGAACAGCACUUAAAUUUAAAGUAAUGGUAAAACAGUAAUGUUCCACACUGGAACACAAAUGGUGGAACAGUAAUGGUGGAACAGUGAUGGUAAAACAGUAAUGGUGAACGGUAAUGGUGGAACAGUGAUAGUGAAACAGUAAUAGUGGAACAGGUAUGGUGGCACAGUAGUGGUGAAACAGUGAUGAUGGAACAGUGGAACAGAGAUGGUGGAACAGUAAUGGUAACAAAGUAAUGAUGCAACAGUCAUAGUGGAACACUGAUGGUGAAACAGUCAAACAGAGAUCGUGGAACAGUAGUACUGGAGCAAAGAUGGUGGAACAGUAAUGGUGGAACAGUAGUGGUGGAACGAAGAUAGUCGAACAGUGAUGGUGGAACAGUAAUGGUAAAACAGUAAUAGUGGAACAGUAGUAGUAGAACAAUAAUGGUGGAACAGUAGUAGUGGAACAGUAGUAAAGGAACAGUCAGGGUAAAAAAGCGGAACAGAGAAAAUGGAACAGUAGUGGCAGAAAAAGAAUGGUGGGACAGUGAUCGUGAAACAGUAAAGGUGGAACAGUAGUGUUGAAACGGUAAUGGUGGAACAGUAGUGGUGGAACAUUUGUGGUGAAACAGUAAUGGUGGAACAGUAGUGGUGGAACAGUAAUGGUGGAACAAAGAUAGUGGAACAGUAGUGGUGGAACAGUAAUGGUGCAACAAUAGUGGUGGAACAGUAGUGGUUGAACAGUAAUGGUUGAACAGUAGUGGUAGAUCAGUUAUUGUGGAACAGUUAUGAUCGAACAGUAAUGGUGGAACGGUAAUGGUGGAACAAUAGUGGUGGAACGGUAAUGGAUGAACAGUUAUGUUGGAACGGUAGUUGUGAAACAGUUAUGGUUGAAGACUUAUGGUGUGACAGUUCUGGUGGAACAGAAAUGGUGGAACAGUAUUGGUGGAUCAGUUAUGGUGGAGCAGAAAUGGUGGACCAAAGAUGGUGGAACAGUAGUGGUGAACAGUAAUAGUGGAACAGUAGUGGUGGAACAGUUAUGGUGGAACAGAAAUGGUGGAACAGUUCUUGUGGAGCAGUUCUGGUGAAAUAGUAGUGGUGGAACAGUAAUGGUGGUACGGGAAUGGUGGAACUGUACCGGUGGAACAGUAGUGGUGGAACAGUUAUGGUGGAACAGAAAUGGUGGAACAAAGAUGGUGGAAGAGCAGUAGUGGAACAGUAAUGGUGGAACAGUAGUGGUGGAACAGUAGUGGUUGAACAGUAAUGGUUGAACAGUAGUGGUGGAACAGUUAUGGUUUAACAGGAAUGGUGAAACGGCAAUGGUGGAACAGUAGUGGUGGAAGGGUAGUGGUGGAACAGUUAUGGUGGAACAGUAGUUGUGGAACAGUUAUAGUGGAACAGUAGUGGUGGAACAGCAAUGGUGAAAGACUAAUGGUGGAACAGUAGUGGUGGAAAAGUUAUGGUGGAACAGUAAUGGUGGAACGGUAAUGGUGAAACAGUUAUGUUGGAACGGGAGUUGUGGUACAGUUAUGGUGGAACAGAAAUGGUGGAACGGUAAUUGCGGAACAGUACUGGUGGAACAGUAGUGGUGGAACAGUUAUGGUGGAACAGUAAUGGUCGAACGGUAAUGGUGGAACAAUAGUGGUGGAACGGUAAUGGUGGAACAGUUAUGUUGGAACGGUAGUUGUGGAACAGUUAUGGUUGAACACUUAUGGUGUGACAGUUCUGGUGGAACAGAAAUGGUAAAACAGUUUUGGUGGAACAGUAGUGGUGGAAGAGUUCUGGUGGAACAGUAGUCUUGGAACAGUUAUGGUUGAACGGUAAUGGUGGAACAGUAGUGGUGGAACAGUAGUGGUGGAACAGUAGUUGUGGAACAGUAAUGGUGGAACAGUUCUGGUCGAACAGUAGUGGUGGAAUAGUUCUGUGGAAAAGUAGUGGUUGAACAGUAAUGGUGGAAUAGUACUGGUGGAACAGUAGUGGUGGAACAGUUAUGGUGGAACAGAAAUGGUGGACCAAAGAUGGUGGAACAGUAGUGGUGAACAGUAAUGGUGGAACAGUAGUGGUGGAAUAGUAGUGGUGGAACAGUAGUGGUGGAACAGUUAUGGUGGAACAGAAAUGGUGGAACGGUAAUUGUGGAACAGUAGUGGUGGAACAGUAGUGGUGGAACACUUAUGGUGGAACAGUAAUGGUGGAACGGUAAUGGUGGAACAAUAGUGGUGGAACGGUAAUUGUGGAACAGUUAUGUUGGAACGGUAGUUGUGGAACAGUGAUGGUUAAACACUUAUGGUGUGACAGUUCUGGUGGAACAGAAAUGGUAAAACAGUUUUGGUGGAACAGUAGUGGUGGAAGCGUUCUGGUGGAACAGUAGUUGUGGAACAGUUAUGGUGGAACAGUAGUGGUGGAACGGUAAUGGUGGAACAGUUAUGUUGGAACGGUAGUUGUGGAACAGUGAUGGUUGAACACUUAUGGUGUGACAGUUCUGGUGGAACAGAAGUGGUAAAACAGUUUUGGUGGAACAGUAGUGGUGGAACAGUUCUGUGGAAAAGUAGUGGUGGUACAGUAAUGGUGGAAUAAUACUGGUGGAACAGUAGUGGUGGAACAGUUAUGGUGGAACAGAAAUGGUGGACCAAAGAUGGUGGAACAGUAGUAGUGAACAGUAAUGGUGGAUUAGUAGUGGUGGAACAGAAAUGGUGGAACAGUUCUGCUGGAAUAGUAGUGGUGGAACGGUAAUGGUGGAACGGGAAUGGUGGAACUGUACUGGUGGAACAGUAGUGGUGGAACAGAAAUGGUGGAACAGUAGUAGUGGAACAGUAAUGGUGCAACAGUAGUGGUGGAACAGUAAUGGUGGAACAGUAGUGGUUGAACAGUAAUUGUUGAACAGUAGUGGUGGAACAGUUAUGGUGAAACAGUAAUGGUGGAACGGUAAUGGUGGAACAGUAGUGGUGGAACAGUUAUGGUGGAACAGUAGUUGUGGAAGAGUUAUGGUGGAACAGUAGUGGUGGAACAGCAAUGGUGAAAGACUAAUGGUGGAACAGUAGUGGCAGAACAAAGAUGGUGGAACAAUAGUGGUGGAACAGUAGUUGUGGAUCAGUUCUGGUGGAACAGUAGUGGUGUAACAGUAAUGGUGGAACAGCACGGCGGAACAGUUUUGGUGGAACAGUAAUGAUGGAACAGUAGUGGUGGAACAGUUCUGGUGGGACAGUAGUGGUGGAACAGUUCUGGUGGAACAGUAUUGGUGGAACAGUAGUGGUGGAACAGUAGUGGUUGAACACUAAUGGUGGAACAGUAGUUGUGAAAUAGUAAUGGUGGAACAUUAGUGGUUGAACAGUAAUGUUAGACCAGUAGUGGUUGUGGAACAGUAAUGUUGGAAUGGUAGUGGUGGAACAGUAGUGGUGGAACCGUAAUGGUUGAACAGUAGUCGUGGAACAGUAAUGGUUGAACAGUAGUGGUGGAACAGUUCUGGUGGAACAGUAGGGUCGAACAGCAAUGGUGGAAGAGUAAUGGGUCAAUAUUAUUGGUCGAACAGUAGUGGUGGAAGAGUAGUGGUGGCACAGAAAUGCUGGACCAAAGUAGACCAGUACUGGUGGAACAUUAAUGGUGGAACGGUAGUGGUGGAAUAGUAGUGGUGGAAUAGUAGUGGUGGCACAGUUCUGUUGGAACAGUAAUGGUGGAACAGUAGUGGUCGAACAGCAAUGGUGGAACAGUAAUGGUGGGAUAUUAUCGGUGGAACAGUAGUGGUGGAACAGAAGUGGUGGAACAAAGAUGGUGGAAUAUUAGUGGUUGAACAGUAAUGGUGGAACAGUAAUGUUAGAACAAUAAUGGUGGAACAGUAAUGGUGGAACAGUGGAACAGUAGUGGUAGAACAGUGACGGUGCUACAGUAAUGGUGGAACAGUGGAACAGAGAUGGUGGAAUAGUGAUGGCAGAACAGUAAUGGUAGAAUAGUAAUUGUGCCACAGUGAAACAGUCGAUCAGUGAUGGUUGAAUAGGGGAAUAGUGUUAUUCUGUCUUGUAUUUAUCUCAGGGCUCACAUAUCGUCGUUAGACCUUUGGGAGGUAAGAACUUCUAGUUGUAAGAACUCUUGGACGUAUGUUUUGCUGAAUGUAAGUAUCCCUAUUCGUAAGAAGCUCUGAACGUAAGAACCGUUGAACAUAAGAAUGCUUGAACGUAAGAAACCCCGAACCUAAUCACCGUCUUAUUUACGAAUUCCUGGAUGUAAAUUGUUUCGUUUUUUCUUUAAGGUUUGAAGUUAAAUCAGAAUAUAGAAAGAUUUUCCAAGAUACUGGUUUGUACCUGUUUUAUUUGGACAUGUGUGAUGCUGAGGUGCAGGACUUGGAAAAGGUUUCCAUGAUUUGUGUAGUGAAAGUUACACAGAAGAAAAGGUAAAUUGUCUAUUUUGAAGAAAAAAAAAAAAGAAAAAGAAGGAAAAAGCUUGUGUGUACAUUUCAAUCCUUCUCAUAAACAUUAAUCAGCCUGGACUGAUAUAAUGGGAGAUCACAGACUGAUCACACACUUCUCUGUUCACUCCCCCCCCCCCCCUUCAGUCACUAAUCAUCAGCAUGUUCAUUAUCAUCACUAUCAUUAUUGUCGUAAUUGUGUCAAUAAAAAAAUUCUUGAAUCUGAUUGAUUGUAAACAGCCAUGAUUUUUAUUGCUUAAUUUUGCUCUUGUAACUCCUGAACUGUCCGAUUACCAGGAGUUUGUAAUCAGACUGGUCAAAUCAGACAAUUAAAAAACCAAUGAAAAUCAAGUAGCAAAUGCCACCAGCCAAUGAAAUUUAACUGCAUGGCAGAUGAUAACCAGUCCAAGUGAAUGAAAAAAUAGGGACCAGGUAGGCUGUCCAGCUUCAACUGGAAAAGAAAAAUGGAAUGAAACUAACUGGUCCAGUGAAGUUUAUCCAGAUAGUUUUCCUUUAGGCACUGACAGCUUGUUAAAUUUAAAAAAAUGUAAUUGUUUUUUGGAAAAGUUCAUCAUGUGGUCGGGCUUCUGCAUUCCGAUAAUUUCGUCCUAAGUGGUAACCAAUCAUGUUUUUGCUUUGGAUCUUUUUCUUAUAUAAUAAAUAUUCCACGACUGGGAUUCUCUCAUUUUGUCAUUGACACAAUUAAUCGGUAAUAGGACCCCGUGUUGUACAAUUUAGGGGUAAUCGGGCUCGUUAUUUCGUAUCGCUUAAUUGAAAUUACUCGCCCGAUUACUCCCUGAAUUUUACUCCACUUAGUCCUAUUUCCAUUACUUAUUGUGAAGGCUUUCGUCAUCAUUUUCACUGUCGACUUCUUUAUGGUCAUUAAUCUUAAUAUCAUCAUUGACAUCAUAAUUACAAUCAUCAUCAUUAUCCUCGUCUUUCUCAAAUUAUUAUCUUCAAUGCCAUCAUCAUUAUCAUCAUCAUCAUCAUCAUCAUCAUCAUCCUUAUAAUCAUAAUUACCAUCAUUAUCGUCAUCAUUAGUAUCCUCAAUCAUCAUUGUUAUCGUCAUCGUCAUUGGAGUCAUAUUUGUCGCACCAUGAUUCCUGAUUCCUGUAUGUUAGGACUACACAUUAACUGGCCACACAUGUUCAAUGCACUUUUAAUAUUUGUAUGCUAUUCGAAUGAAAUAGGACUGCAAUUUAUUUUUUUUGGAAAGUUACUCUGCGCAUAACCCAUGCACGCGAGCGGCGAGUAGAAGGGCAUUAAUCUACCGUACAUUGCAAUUUUCGAGAAUCGAAAUCUCAUUUGUUUCAAGUGGUAAACUGUUAAAAAGAGGAACUUCAUUGUCUGUUUGUUUCUUUUCAUCAGGGAAUUUUUAAUAGACAUCAGUGAGGAAGUUCUUCAACCAAACGUUAUAUCUGCCAGGGUCCAAGACAGAAUUUGGCUUAACUGUUCAACCUCCAAGGUAAAACUGAAGGCCAACUUCAAGUCUUGAGAAUAAUUUGCAGGUAUUAUGCCAGCGGCAAAUCGAAUGCGCCCGAAGAGCCACUUAUAUGCUGAAUAGUGAACGCAGCUUGCGAUUUUUUGUUGGCCAUCCAUAGCCUUUGUACAGCCGCCUUUUCCCCACAGGCUAUGAGGGUCAUUAAGCAUGCAAGCUUCGCAUCAUAAACUUGCAUGAGGAAGUUAGAUGAAAGAAAAUAUGGCGUGAUAUGACUGUUAGCCGAUUAAGACGUUCUCCGCGAAACAGUUUUGUCUCUUUCGUAAAUUACCGGUUAUACGUUAAACAUGAAGUAAUGAAAACUACAACCUUUUUGUAGAAUAUUAAUGGCUGCAAGAUUUUGAAUGCUUAUGUCUACAAAGAAGGUCCCAGUUCAAGUCCGUUGGUAAGUCUCCUUUUAAUAUCCUACUCAAAUAAACUUUAGUUACCUUCGCAAAAAAAAGAGUGUGAAAUUCUUUCGACUUGAACAAGAAGGAGAAAGAAAGAAGUGAAAAAGAAGAAAAUGUGGAGGAAAUAAUGCCGAGUUUUAGGGUUAUUUUUUAAAAAUGAAGGCGAACAGAUUUUCAUUUAACAUUGCAAAAAAUGGCGAUAGUUGCUCUUACUUUAUUUGCUUUUUUAUGUCAUUUUAGGUUUCGUCAACAAUAACCAGUCCAUCUGGCUUAAGGUAAAUUUUCCAACUUUUUGUCGGGACUGUGUGUUUCUGGAUAAAAUAAAACGUUGUAAUUACAUGUGACUAUGCUAAGUGAACCACACCGGUCUUCAAAGCUGACUUUAUGCUUGAGUAUAUGUAUAUCUAAGGCCUUAUUUGUGCACAAGCAAGAUGUUCCUAUACAGGCGAAAAAAAUGCCAUAGUCUUCAGCUCCAGUGUAAAUUGUCUGAGGAAGCGUUCUUUGAGUGUAAAGAGUCUUAAAUUUGCUUUUUCAGCAGUUUGUCUCAUCAUAGGUACAUGCAUGCAAUAAAGUGCGAUGGUUAGGAAUCCUGUCAGACUUCAUGUUACACAUCUUUUUGCUCACUUCUGUGGAAUUAACUGCCCACUAUGUUAAUAGCAUUCUUAUCAUUUUGAGCUGAUUGAGCAUUAGAAACGCAGCAUUAAUCUAUUCAGUCAUCAUUUAUAUGGGCGAUUCUUCACGAUAAUCCAUCAUCUUCAUUUUUGUCGGUUUUCGUCGAUAAUCUCUACUAUGGUCUCAUUGAUUUACCCUCUGACUCUUUCUCUACUCCCUCCCACUACAACAAACAAACAGGCUUUCCAAAUAUAUAUAUUAACCUUUUCUAUAAAAUCUGCAGCACUUGUUUAAAACAUUACGUAGUAUUAAAGUACUGUCUUUUUACUUCAUGCAGCAGUAUGGCCGACCUCAUCUCUCAUCAGUUCACUGAGCCUGGCUUGUAUCACUAUGUUUUCAAUAUGGCCGAUCUGUCCCAGUUCAAAGGAUGUCUGGCAGUGAAACCCAAACCAACGGAACAUGUCAUGGGCAUACACAAUGGUCAAUUUAAACCUUGUAGGUACCACCUUAACGUACUGUGCGGGAAAUAGACAUUCGAACCUCUUCAAAAAGCCAUCUGUCCAUAACAACCACUAUUUGUUGUUCCUACUGAUCCAUUCCAGGCCUCAGUUGUUCAAAAGAUGGAUAGCGCUAACCACCGGAGCUGGGUUCCUGAAGGGCCGAUUAGCACUAAUCGAGGAUUAAAAUUUUGUUCCGUUUUUGUACUUUACCUUCCUAUGUAUUGGUUACAGUAACAUUUUGUGUUAUCAUUACUGCAUCUCGGAGUAAAGGCACAACAGUAUUUUGUAAGCUCGAGUUGCACGUUCUUAGAUGAGAAAACCUUGCUUAAAAUUUGGCUUAAUCCUGGGUUAAACUUAACCAUCUUUCGAGGAACCGGGCCCAGGCGAAUUACUAUCUACUGGAUACGUAUGUCACGGGGAUCAGACACGCUAUGCAGUGGAUAAUGAUCUACUCAGCAGUGGGGGAUCCAGUCCUUCAGAAAAGGGGGAGGGGCCGGUCAUUCAGACCCUGAGAUAAGGGGGGGGGGGGGGGGGGGCCCACAAAAAAAUUUUUUUAAACCCCUUGGGGUCUUAUUUUUUUAAAAACAGAAGGGGGGCACCCCCCCGCGCCCCCCCCCCCCUCCCCCCCCCCCCGCGGGGGUCGCGCUCACCCCUUUUUACAGGGGGGGGGGGGGGGGGGGGGGGGGGGCGGUCUCCAAAAAAAUUUUUUUAAGCCCUUUGGGGCUUAAUUUGGUCUAAAAAUAAGGGGGGCGGCCCCCCGGGCCUCUCCCCUGGAUCCGCCACUGCCCAGUGGAUAGCGCUAUCCACCUUUUGAACAACUGGGGCCAGCGCUGCAAAUAUAUUUUUCUUUUUAGCAAGAACGUCAACUAGGUGACCGUUUUAGUCGUACCAAACCAACGACGAUAGGAGGAGAAUUUGCUGUUUUUUGAGGCUCUGCAGUCGCUCUUGUUUUGACGCCACUGUCACGUCGUGGCCACUCGGUUCUGCUUGUAAGUGUGCCACUAGGGGGCUUAAGCAAAGGCGUUUUUGAGCCACGCACGUCAGCCGGAAGUGAGGCCUUCUCCACUGCUCAAUGAUGCAAAAAAUCCACUUCCGGUUGACGUCCGUCGCUCAAAAACCCCGUUGCUUAAGUUCCUUACUGAAGAGCGGCGGGUGUUAGGUGGGGUUCGACUGUAAUACAAAAAGGUGAUAAAGUCUUAGUUUUGAUUCUUUCUGAAAUAGGAGUUUUUCAUGUUGUCAAAUGAGACUUUUUGUCUUCUUUUUCCAGCUCUUGCUACGGUGAAGAAAGGAGAAAGAGUUUGGUGGGCAUUCAAUGACGACGAGAAUCUCACAUUGUUCUUGAAAGAGGUACACACUCUCUACCUUGCUUAUUAAUGUAAAAAAAAAUUCAAAUACAAAUGAAGAAAUAGGUUAGCGUACAGCGGUGAGAUCACUCCACCUUAGUUCGGCCAGUUUGCGUAAUUUCGUCGUUCGUUCACCAAAAAACAUGUGGGCACUAUGGUAGUUACGAAUGAUUCUGAAGCUUUAUAAAUCAAACUUCCAUAAAAUUUGUGUUGAGGUAAAAUUGAAAAAAAGUCUGUCCCCAAUUCCGUUCAUUUUACUCUUUCCUAGUACUCUCACUGAAGCUUUUCAAUCACUAUUGUUUGGCGUAGGUGGAACGCUGUGCACCUUUAGCUAGAGGUUCGCCCGCAAGACAGAAAUCGUCAACUUCUGGUAAGAUUGUUGCUUCUAGUGUGAUUCUUUGGCUUGCAUCUUUAUCCAGUUCAACCUGGCUACUUGCAUCCGACGUGGCAUGACUCCUUUUCUCUUCACUACUCUCCAUACCCCAAAUUGAGAUUGACCUCUGGGUGCCGUAAGAGAAGCAUUCGGAAACCGAAGCAUCUCCGAUCAGAUGGUUCAAAUUCGGAAGUUUGUGGGCAAGAGUAUCGAUGAUCCGAGGAAAACAACCAUCAAGACUAUAAAAAAAAGCACUUUAUUUGAGUUUCAAUGUAUUUAGCACGAAAGUAAUAAUUGGGGGCACUAUUUUUUACGUCUCCUACCGGAGACGGGAAAGCCAUUUAACGUGGUCAUUCGAGCCACUUGAAGGUCUACCCGUUUGCAGGGCUAAGGUAGUACCUUCAUUUCUCCAUUAUAUUAGACCCUGAGUAUUGGUCCGGCCUUGGAAAUCGAACCCGCGACCUCCCUCUCUGCAGUCAAGCGCUCUACCGACUGAGCUUACCCUGCCGAGGGUUAGACUACGCAAAAAACGAACAAACAACAAACUAUUCAUGAGUAGGUGGAUAUAAGAUCGUCCGGACGAGUGUAGUCCUGAAUAGGACUGUUGUUGGCAGUGACUGACUUUUCGACAACCUGUGAAGUAGUUACCUGCACAGUCAAAGUGACCUUUUUCAUGUCAGUUCAUGGUAUUCGGCAUUCAAGUCUGGUUACUGACCUGAUUGGUCAAUAGCUGUGUUCCCCUGUGUUCCCCUGUGUUACCCUGUGGUGUUACCCUGUAUUACCCUGUGUUACCCUGUGUGACCCUGUGGUGUUACCCUGUGUUACCCUGUGGUGUGACCUUGUGGUGUUACCCUGUGAUACCCUGUGGUGUUACCCUGAGUUACCCUGUGGUGUUACCACGUGUUACCCUGUGUUACCCUGUGGUGUUACCACGUGUUACCCUGUGGUGUUACCACGUGUUACCCUGUGUUACCCUGUGGUGUUCCCCUGUGUUACCUUGUGUUCCCCUAUGUUCCCCUGUGUUCCCCUGUCAAUUUAGUCGCGAUGGUAUUGGACGUUUGUCAGUUAAGCCGUGAUGUUAUUGGCUAUGAAGACUUUAGAUAUGAUUGGUGCCUUUCGAUCCGUCUUUUCUGAUAGUUAAUGUUGAUAUCAAUAAUAAGACAAUGGGAAGUAAUGAAUAAUAAGAUGAGAAGCAAACAGUAACAGUGCGAGCUUUUAUUUCAGGCUGCGGUUGUAAGAGACUUAAAGAUCAGGCUAGCCUGAUGAAUUCGUUAGGCUUGAUAACGCACAAGUUCGAGGACAUAGGAGUGUUUACGUAUGGCCUGCAAGAUGACAGUAACUCUCCCUCCUUAUCAAGCUAUUGUUCUGUUAUAGUGGAGAGCAAAGUUAAGGUUUGUACAAGGCAAAGGUUUCUACUUUAUCUUCCCAGUGUAUGAAAUAUGACCCAAGUUGCAAUCAAAGUCUUAGAGUAAGAGUUACUAGAAUUCAAAUCUGAUUCUCAGAAAACGUCCACUUCAAAGUUGUUUGCAUAAAAUGAGUUUUACACAUUGACAAAUAUGGUACAGUAUAGUAUAGUAUAGCAUACUAGUAAUAACCCAGUGUUUGGGGGUGCGGGCUAGAUCGAUACAAGAUGUAUCAGCCUCCUGAUAGAAGGUAAAAACUAUCUGGUUCCAACGCUCAUGCUUUGCAUGGGAUCAGAUUACGAGUGUUAGAAGGUCCAAACAUUCGUGAUCAGAUUUCGUUCUAUGCAUGCCAUUCAUUCUUAGAUUAAGUCCAAACGAAUGCUGGCUACGUACUUGCUGCGCAUGCGUAAAAGCAACCUGGAGAUUAGGAUUGCGGGCUCUUCUGGUCGCCCGCAAUUGUAGUUUAGCAGUUAAUGAUUAACGAAGCUCAUUUAGGAAAUUUAAAUUCCUUCUUUGUCCAUUCUAGCAUCACAUAGUUGAUGUUCGUGACCAAGGCUUUGCUCCACGGAUCUUGAACGUGCAUCCCGGAGAUUGGGUCUGGUGGCAGUGGGAAAAUACGGAGAGGCUUCAUAAUAUCUUACAGGUAUAA